CGGGGCUCGGGAAAAGAAGAGGAGCUUGGGGAGCCUUUGAGCGUCGAGAUCCCAAUCGCGCAGCUGGGGCGCAGUUCUGGGGACCCUACAGGCUACGCAGCUACCCCUCCCGGACCGAUGAGGCCUAAUUCGGGGCCCCGCUCGCCUCCACCCGCCGCCCCGUGACUCACCCGGGAGAGCCGAGCCUGACGCGGCGGAAGCGGAACGGGCGGCGGCGCGCCCAGGAAGGAGCCGAGGCCGACGGCCGCGCCAGUGACGCCCGAGAAAGGUGUCUGGGAUGGAGGACUUAUCUGAUCGGUCCGACUUCUACAUCGGUCUGGGACUGGCCCUCAGCUCUAGCUUGUUCAUUGGCGUGAGCUUCAUCCUAAAGAAGAAGGGGCUUCUCAGACUGACUGCAAGGGGCUCUGUCCGGGCAGGUCUUGGAGGUCAUGCAUACCUGCGAGAGUGGCUGUGGUGGGCAGGGUUGCUUUCCAUGGGAAUUGGGGAAGCUGCCAAUUUCGCUGCUUAUGCUUUUGCCCCGGCAACUCUGGUAACGCCUCUGGGAGCACUAAGUGUUUUAGUCAGUGCAGUUUUAGCCUCCUACUUCCUGAACGAGCAUCUGAAUGUCCAUGGGAAGAUUGGCUGCGUUUUGAGUAUUUUGGGCUCUACAGUCAUGGUGAUCCAUGCCCCGCAGGAGGAAGAGGUCUCCAGCCUGGAGUCAAUGGCAGAGAAACUGAAAGAUCCAGGAUUCAUCACAUUUGCUGUGUGCGUGCUGGUGAGCUCUAUUCUUCUCAUCUUCGUGGCCGGACCUCGCUACGGACAGAGCAACGUCUUAGUGUAUGUUCUAGUUUGCUCCACCAUCGGUUCGCUCUCGGUUUCUUCUGUCAAAGGUUUAGGCAUUGCCAUUAAAGAGUUCUUUGCUGGGGAGCCUGUUUGGAAAGAGCCGCUGGGCUGGAUCCUCUUGGUGUGUCUUGUGAUCUCCAUCAGCAUCCAAAUCAACUACCUGAACAAGGCCUUGGACAUCUUCAACACCUCUGUGGUCACUCCCAUCUACUAUGUUCUCUUCACCGCUGCUGUGAUGACCUGUUCGGCCAUCCUUUUCAAGGAAUGGCAGCACAUGGUUCUGAUGAACAUCGUUGGUACCAUCAGCGGCUUCCUCACCAUAGUUUUUGGCAUCUUUCUCCUGCAUUGUUUUAGAGACAUUCCCUUCACUGCAGACCUGCUGCCUCUGUUCCUGAAGCAUGGCCAAACAGACAUGCAGGCAGUUUCGUGGAGAAAGAGGGACAAGCACCCGUCCUGCCUUCACCAGCCCCUUUUGGAAUCAGAGGACGGACUCAAAGUGAGGAGAGAAAAAGCAGCGGUGGAGGAAAACCAGUGUUUUUGAAAUGCAGCCUGUUGGCUCAGACAACAGACUGGCCUUGAUGCUCUUCCAAAGAACUUGACCUCUACUGUUGCUCUCCACCAGAGCACUUGAAUCAUUCAUGGGUAACCCUGAAAUACUUGAGAAGAGUUUCCUCUUAUGCACUCUUUCAGCUGGUAACCUGCUAAAACCAAAUAAGCUGGUAACCUGCUAAAACCAAAUAAGAGAUAGUUACAAGCUAGAGCUGCCAGCUCUGAUCUCAACCGGCCUCCUGUGGCAUCAUCAGUCUUCUCUCUGACAAAUCAUUUGGAGCUAAUUGGAAGAUGUCGGGCAGACUGGGCUGCAAAAGAACUAUGCAGCUUUUCAUCUGGACCAGAGUGGGCUUUUGAAGAAAUCUUGCAGUCAACCCCCCUGCAGUGAAAACAGCUUUUGAAACUGCCUGUAGUUUCAGAAGAGUUGGAUGAUGGGAGGGUGCACUGCUCAAAAGGAGUGGAAGGAAGGCAAGCCCUGCCUUUGGGCAGACCUGAAGUAUCCCUGAGAGUUAGGAAUGGGUUCCUCUUCCCUUCGCUCUUAGCUCUGAUUCCCAGGCCGUUUCAGCAUCUUGGAGAGAUGGAACGAGGCUCAUGUGAUUGAGGCAACUUGGGAAAGGAACAUGCAGGAGGGAUUCUCUCCGCACGUCUCCUUUGGGUCAAUUUAGGGUGAAGUGGUGAAGACUCAGGGAGAAGAACAGUGGGCAGCGUGGCCCUACUAUAUAAAGUGGACCACUGAUAAAAUGAGGUGCUAAGCUGGGGGCUUAACCUCCAAACCGAGGUAUGAGCUCCUUUGCACACAUGUGCUUUUGAAAAUCAGUUCGUGGCAACUGAAAUCUGUGCGAUUUGAAUUCACAUAAGUGUGUUUAAGCCCCAAGCUCAAUGGGCAUGUCUAACCUUGGCAAUAACACUGUCUUAUCACUUCCUGAAUGUAAGGACAAUGCAUUGCGGGUGGCCUUAAAAAUUAACUUUUAAAAUUUAAACUGUUAACAGUUUACAAAUUAUUUAAAAUGAACAUUACUUUUUUGUGCAGCACCACCACACCUACAGUGGUAGGUGUUUGGCUUCAGUUGUUGCAGACAUAAAAUAUGUGGCUUUUAAAAAAAUACCAGAGUAUUCCGCAUUUUACUUCAAACUAAUUUGUGUCUUUUGCUGCCUGUAGGGUACUAUAUUAUGGCUCAAUGUUCAGGAGUCAUUUAUUGUUUCAGGCCGGACACCAAUCUUGCUGUAUUACCAGUGUCCAAUUGCUGUGGAUUUUCUAUCUAGCAUUUCUCCUGCUAGAAAAAUAGGAUCAGUACAGCUUCCCUUCCAUACAAAAAAAAAAACCCCAAGCCGGUAGAAAAGCACAAAAUGUGGCCAGUCACUUGCUGUUGCUGCCUUCCCACCGUGACUCGCUUGUUGCUUUGCAUUGACAAGAAUGAUGAUGCAUUCACAGUGGAGGGAGAUUGUCAGCAGAUCAUCUUACUGCUUGAUCCCAUAACGAUUGGUAGCUGCAGCAUUUUAAGUAUUACCGCCUUUAUUUUCCAUAGAAAUUCCAUCAACACUUUAAAGCUCCUUUUCCAUUCUCAGUAGCUGCAUAAACCCUGUGGUUCUCUUCUAUUGCCUGCCCAUCCUGGAAAAAAGUUCAAAGCUUCCCUUAGGCAUUUAGAAUUCAAGGCAUACCUAGGACAGUGAUGGUGAACCUUUUCGAGACCGAGUGCCCAAAUUGCAACCCAAAACCCACUUAUU